AUGGCCUCCGCGCGGGCGAUGCGCGCUGCGCUGCAGAAGAUUGCCGAGCGCGGCGCACAGGCGCGCAGAGAGAGUACUUCGUCGCUGCUCGCGCCGGCGGUCGCUGCCGGCACCGCUGUCGCUGUCGCGUCCGUGUCGACGGUGCACGCCUCUGACGUCAUCCACGCGCCGCACCAGUCUUGGGACUUCAAGGGGUUCAUGUCGUCGUACGACGCGGCCUCGGUCCGCCGAGGCCACCAGGUGUACACACAAGUCUGCGCCUCGUGCCACGGCCUCGCUCGCAUCGCGUACCGCAACCUGGUGGACGUCUGCUACUCGGAGGAGGAGGUCAAGGCCAUGGCCGAGGACACCGAGGUGAUGGACGGCCCAAACGACGAGGGCGAGAUGUUUGAGCGGCCGGGCAAGCUGUCCGACUACCUGCCCUCGCCGUACCCCAACGAGGAGGCCGCGCGCUACGCCAACAACGGCGCCUACCCGCCCGACCUCUCGCUCAUCAUGAAGGCGCGGCACAACGGGCCCGACUAUGUCUUUGCGCUGCUGACGGGGUACAAGGACCCGCCCGCGGGCGUCGCGGAGCGGGAGACGCAGUACUACAACCCGUACUUCCCCGGCGCGUGGAUCGGCAUGCCCAUGCCGCUCAACGAGGGCGCGGUCGAGUACGACGACGGCACGCCCGCCACCGCCACGCAGAUGGCCAAGGACGUCUGCACGUUCCUCACGUGGGCGGCGGAGCCCGAGGCGGACGAGCGCAAGCUGAUGGGCGUCAAGUGGAUGCUCACCCUGACGGUGCUCUUUGGCUUCACCUGGUACUACAAGCGCGUGCGGUGGGCCCCAAUCAAGACGCGCCGGCUCGAGUUUUAUUAG